UCGUGUACCAUGCUCGUGUUUAUGUAAACCUUGUUUGUUAAAAUUUUUACGGUAUAAAGUUCGCGACAUGUAAGAAAUACGGUUGUCUACUAUCAAGUAUUCCCGUUUGCUUAUAUAAAUUGUGACGGAUAGAUCCUAGUUCAGAAAUAUAUCUUUUGCGAGCGGAACCCCAGGCUACGAUGCCGUAUAUUAUUCUACAACCUUACCACGUAUCAUCCGGGGAGAGCGUAAAAAAAUUGCUUGCUAAAACUCGUCAGGACCACUUCAUACCUGAUAUACCCCGCAGAAAACUACACGUUAAACGACUGCGCGUGUCAACUUCAUGCAGGGUGUGUCACGCUCCCAACGACAAUGAAAGCGUAGCAUUAAAUACGCUUGCCAUAAGUGUCAUGAUGAAUAAUGACGUAAGAGAUCAGAGGUUAAGACAGAGCUGAGAAAGCAUUAACACUUUCUCGCGGGACCCCACACGCUGUUCCUAUUAUCAGAAGAAUAUAACUGUUGAUAGAGCUUUUCCCGCGGGAAGAUUUCAGGCUUCUGGAAAUCCCUAGUCCACUAACCGUAGGACGUGAAGUAAUCCUGUUGAAUUCUUCUCUCAGUGAUAAAAUAGAUGAAAAUGUAG